UGGGGCGCUGUGGGCUGUUCGGGCUCCCGGCGGCUUGGACCGCGUGACCCGUGGUCUCCCCGGGAGGGACCCGGCUGCCGGCCUCGGGAGCUGCAGGUCCACCCUUGCUGAAAGCACCGCUAGAGCUUCUGCACGGCCGCGAUGGCGUCGGCCUGGGCUGCGCCGCCCCACGAGGAACCGGGUGCGCUUCUGGAAGUAAAGGUGGAGGAGGAGGAGGAGUACAGGAAUACCACCAGACGGGAUCAGAACCUGCGGAAGAACAACACCCACAGCAGGGAGGUCUUCCGACAGUACUUCAGACACUUCUGUUACCAGGAGACGCCUGGACCCCGCGAGGCGCUGCGCCGGCUCCGCGAGCUGUGCCGCCAGUGGCUGAGCCCAGAAACGCACACCAAGGAGCAGAUCCUGGAGCUGCUGGUGCUGGAGCAGUUCCUGACCAUCCUGCCCGAGGAGCUCCAGGCCUGGGUGCGGGGACAGCACCCGGAGAGCGGGGACGAGGUGGUGACCGUGCUGGAGGAUCUGGAACGGGAGCUGGACGAGCCUGGAGAGCAGGAUGAAUGUGGCCACCGUGUCCCUGUCCACACUGAGCAACAGGACACGCUCUUGCAGGAGACGGCCCUUGUGGGAACAGGACGGGAGCCCGGCAUGUCCCUCCCAUCCAGGGUUGCCCGGCUGAAGUAUGAAUCUCCAGGACCUGGAGCCCAGCCGGAGGAACAAGUUUCAGGUGUUGAGACUGGAAAUAAGUACAGGAAUUUAACUCUAAAGCAAGAAGUGUCUGAAGAAGCAGCACCACAGGGGAAUAUGUGUAGCGGAUUUGAAAGUGCCAUGUCCCGGUCGGCUAGGUGCAGAGAAGCUUACGGAUCCGAAGCAGAAACAGAAGAGUCUUCUGGACCCUCCAGGGAAGGUGAACAGUCUGCGGGUGAUGAGAACAGACUCCGUCUGACUGAACAGCAGAGGGUCUGUCCAGGAGAAAAACCUCAUGAGUGCGAGGAGUGUGGAAAAGCCUUCGGUCAGCACUCGAACCUCUUAGAACAUCAGAGGGUCCACACUGGAGACAGGCCCUACAAAUGUGAGGAAUGUGGGAAAACUUUCCGUGGGAGAACUGUGCUGAUUCGGCACAAAAUAAUACACACCGGAGAGAAACCAUAUAAAUGUCACGAGUGUGGCAAAGCCUUUGGCCGCUGGUCAGCUCUUAACCAACAUCAGAGGCUCCACACAGGAGAGAAACACUACCACUGUAACGAAUGCGGCAAAGCCUUUAGCCAGAAAGCGGGCCUCUUUCACCAUCUCAAGAUCCACACGAGAGACAAACCAUACCAUUGUGCUCAGUGCAAUAAAAGUUUUAGUCGGCGUUCAAUACUCACUCAACACCAAGGAGUUCACACUGGGGCAAAGCCCUAUGAGUGCAGCGAGUGCGGGAAAGCCUUCGUUUAUAACUCCUCCCUGGUUUCCCACCAGGAGAUCCACCACAAAGAAAAGUGCCAUCAGUGUAGGGAGUGUGGGAAAUCCUUCAGUCAGAGUGGCCUUGUUCAGCAUCAGAGAAUCCACACGGGGGAGAAACCUUACAAGUGUGACGUAUGUGCAAAAGCAUUUAUUCAGAGGACGAGCCUUGUAGAACAUCAGCGAGUUCACACUGGAGAGAGACCUUACAAGUGUGAUAAGUGUGAGAAGGCCUUCACUCAGAGAUCAGUUCUCACGGAACACCAGAGAACCCACACCGGAGAGAGGCCGUACAAGUGUGACGACUGUGGGAACGCCUUCCGAGGCAUCACCAGCCUCAUUCAGCAUCACAGGAUCCACACUGGGGAGAAACCCUACCGAUGUGACCAGUGCGGCAAAGCCUUCAGACAGAGGUCAGAUCUUAGCAAACACCAGAGAAUCCAUAGUAGAGGUGCUCCCUCUAAUGAGUGUGGGGAGUCGUUCAGGCAGCCCUCAGCUCGCAGGCAGCAGCGGACUGUCCACGAAGGGGAGGAGUCUGUUUCUGGGAUGACCACGGGGACGCUGUGUCCCAGAGUACAGGCUGGAGAGGAAUACUAGCUGGGGAGUGAUUCCAACGGCAGUCACCGUUGCUACAAGGACACCUCAGACGUCUUGUAAAGGGUUCGCCGUGUGCCGCGCGUGACGUCAGCUGGUGUGUAGGACAAAGAGCGUAACACGAAAGUCCUCUUCUCGCCAGUUUACGGUGGAGCCUGGGGUCCGUCAGGUCACGUGUGAGCUUAGAUCGGACUGCAGGACGGCAGAAGUGAUCUGAGCCGCGUGUCCGUGAGGUGGCGGGUGGCGGCCAGUGCUGUCCGUUCUGAAGGACGGAUCACCAAUGCCUGAGCGGGUCAGCCAAGAUUGUAUUGAAGAUCGGGGUUCAGUGGGCAGAUUUGGAAGGCGGGGUGGAAACCAGGGUAAAGCCCACGUAGGGGGAGGCGAGGACGCUCAGGGCUUGUGGCGCCAGUGGCAGCCUGAGGUGGGGCAUCUGUUCGGGUGGGCGGUGGCAGAGAUACCCUGGGAACGGCUUGGGCCGGGCUGGGAGGGCGCGGACGGUGCCUCUUAUAAAAGGCACAAAGCCCUUUUCUUAACUCCUAAGAUCUGCCUGUAAAUUAAAAUCCUUCUCUGUUUUAAAAGUGAGGGUACGCCUGCUUCUGGAGAGGGUGACCUAGCUACAGUGUCACAGGGAGGGACCGGCAGUAGGUCUCUGACUUGUCCUGUCCCUUGCUCUCGUGGUUCUCCCCUUCAGUGCACGUCAGAGUCCCCUGUGGAGUUUGGUUAAGAUGCGUGCAACCCCCUCACAUCCUGCUUCGUGAAGUCUGGGGCGGGGGCCGAGAAUCCCCAUUCUCCAAGCUCCACAGUCACCUGAUUCUAAAAUUCGAGGAACACUGCAUUGAAUCGCAGCUGCCUUCAUGGUCGCCUGUGAGGUGGGGAAGCGUGAACACGGGCCACUAAACACAGGCCACUGCAGAUUCUUAGCUUGGGGAAAGCUCUGAAGGACAGGAGUGAACAGGGAAAUUAGCCAUCCAGCAUCAGGGGCUUCGGGAUGGCCUUUCCACCUCUUCCAACUUAAGUCUUAAGGAAAUCGGAGACUGACCUAACAUUGUGAGGCACUAGAGCACAAGGCUGUGUGUUAGUUAGGGGAGAGUGCUGGUGUUCUGGUUUGCUCCUAACCUCUCUUUUUUCCCAGCUUAUGUUCUGAAUUCCCUAAUAGUUGCUCUUCAAAACUGGUUUACAAUUUUUUGGUUUGUAUACCUUCUUGAGCACAUAAAAGAGCCAAAGAUUGGUGACUCUAUCCCUUGAGGCUUGUGCAAAAACAUCAACCAAAAGCUAGUUGACCGGACUCCCGUAUCACUGAGUAAGCAGUUCUGUUGUAGAUGAGGGCCUGUGACUCAGUCGUGGACAACAGGCACGCACACGUGGCUCCUGCUCAGUUUAUCUUUUUUUUUUUUUUUUUCUUUUAAUGUUUGUUUAUUUGGAGAGGGAGUGAGAGAGAGGACUCUGCACUGACAGUGCAGAGCCCGAGGAGGGGCUUGAAUCCACAGCCCUGGGAUCAUGACCUGAGCUGAAAUCCAGAGUCAGAUGCUUAACUGACUGAGCCACCCAGGCACCCGGUUUAUCUUUUUAUUUACAGAGAUUAUUUUUAAUCUUCAUUGACAUGUCCUCUGAUUUCCUUCUCUUUGUACCUCACCGCAACAGGCCCUACAACUUCUGGGACUGUCCCCACGCCCCCUCCCCCAGAUCAUCCCACACAACUCCAGGAUCCUCUUCUCCCCACACCUCUAGCUCCUUAGUGGGCCUGAAGUGGUGAGACACACAAGGGACGGGGAGAAAUGAGGGUAGUUAACGUCUUUACUCCUAACUGCCGUUCUGUCCAGCUGCCAUGUCUAUCCUGUUUCCUCCCCACUCCUGUAUGUACUCUGCCCCCCUUUCCCGACAGCCCCCAUCUCUUGCCCCUCUAUCCAUCACCCUAUCCAGAACACAGUAUCAUCACUGGUUGGAACCAGAAGUCCCUGGAGAAAUUGAUACGUUCUAGCUUCUAAGCUUUAAGUGUGAGCACAUUUUCAUAAUAUAAUAAUAAUAAUAAUAAUAAUGGUAUUAGUACUAUAAUUUAGGUACAUUGUGUGUCAGAUUUGCUUUUGGGAUUGGAAUUUCUGUGACUAAGGGAAAACAUCCUGAGUUCACAAUAGAGGAAAGCAAAUGAGCAUUUGAAAAACAGCUCAUUCUCAAGUUGAGGACCCUUGAGGUGUUAUAUCCUAAGACCAACAUCGGAGCUGCACACAGAAGGCGUCGAGGCAGCUGGGGUUGGGUACCUCCUUUUUUACCUCAAGAAAACUGAGUUUGUUCCCUGAGUGAGGCUGGGGGCUCUCAGCCGGGUGUGUUCCUGUUCUCUUCCCAGCUUCCCCUGCCAUGCGUCUCUCACUCUUGCAAGCUCUUUGUUGGAGGGGACGUUGCUCAGAGAUGAGAACCCAAAUGAGAAUGUCCUUCAGAUGCUGUCCAUGCUUGUCACCUUGCCUGAUUUCGGACAUGUUAUCCGGACCGAAGUUACUCUUCAUAGUAACCUCAAACCUCUAAUCUUACUGCUCACUGGAACACGACUCUUAAUUUAAACUUGCUUUUGGCUCUCAGUGCUGUUAUCUGUGGGUUCCGCCCUUCAUCUGCUGCUAAACACAUCCUCUCAGGGCAGACAUGUUCCUCCAUUUGCCUCUAACACCUUUAUUUGCUUAAUAUGAAUGAACCCUAGACAAAGAUCCAGAAGAGUGGGAUAUGCCUAUCAUAUAGGAUACAGUUCAUAACUUGGUUAAAAAUAAAGGUGGGGGUUUUGUUCUGGUUGUUUCUUGUGCUUAAAUGUAGUUGCACUACCAAGAAAAGGUGAGUGACCUGGCGUUUCCAGGUAGACAUCAAAGGGGCUCAAACUAUCCAGGAUAAGAAAAUAGAACAAUUGGAGCUAAAUGGGCAACACAGGGGUAGGAGACCCUGAGGGGCAAGUGGAGGACGUGACCGAGGUUAGACACAGAAUUGGGGAGUGCGGUGCACAGAGAAUGCCUCACAGUGAAGUCCACAGUACGACGUUCUGAAUAAAAGGUAGACGUAGAACAGCGACAGGCUCUAGGGUCGUUUGAAUAGCUUAUCUUUGCAGAUUUUGAAACCAUCAACAACAGGUGGCAGGACGGAAAGGAAAAAGGACACCGAAGCAAGUCCAAGGUAGAAAUAAUGUCAGUCCAGAGUAGUGACGUAACAGCCAGCUUGAGCAAUUGGUGCGACACUCAAAUGAUGAACGCAAAGCGGUGGCUUGGAAAUAACAUUAAGGAUAAGAGUGAGAUUGACUGGCUUCUCUUUUCUGGUUGAUUCAAGGUAAACAAGAUAUUCAGUGUUUAAGACAAAAAGCUCCUGUAGGGUUUGGGGGAGAAUCAAAUUGCUAAAGCAGUGAAAAGUGAAGGAGGCUCGGGAUGAAAAGUAACGUGACAAACAGGAGCUCCAGGGGGUGUAAUAGGGGUUGCAAAGGGAAGAAAGAUGGGCCUCCUCCAAAAGAAACCUCAGUUGUAGGAACAGGCUCCUGGAAUUUUGGGUAUGAGAUAAAGCUAAUGCGGAAAAAGUGGGACUGAGCAGGGCUCCAAAUUGAGAAAUGUCCGCUGUGUGUUGAGGGCAGAGGUGGAGAGCACGAAGGUACCAGAACGUGGGGCAGCUCUGCACUCCCGUACCCUGAAUGGAAGUAGCCUCCUGUUACGGUCCAUAGAUGAUCUGUUCCAGAACUCUUAGAGUCAGAGUCCUUAUUGGCCAUCUUUUGGAGUCAAGAAAAGGGUUUGUUAGUAACAUGUUAACAUUAACAGCUUAUUAAGGGCCAGGCAUUACUAAAGUGCUUCACAUGGUUUUAUUUUUAGCCGUGAAUUGGAGGAGUUGAAGCUGCCUCAGGUCACAAAGUUAGAAUGUGGUGGGGCCAAGAUUGGAAGGCCAGCGGCCCAGUUCCAGAGCCCAUGCUUCCUUGUCUAGUUCAGUUGAAGGAACCCUGUGUUGCAGUCAUAAUCAAGUAUUUAUCUGGGAAAUCUGUCACUAUUCUGGAAGAUAGUUCAGAAACCCCAGAGUCCUGGGUCCAAACACCCAAGGCUAAUAAUACCACCACCACCCUCUCUGCAUACCAACUCUUGGAUGAGGUUUGGUCAGCAUAACAUGAGCCCUAAUUCUUGUUGCCUCACGAGGAGGGUGUCCACAGUAGACGUUUCCGCUAAAAAUGGGCUCUUUAGAGAAAGGGAUCCCCCUCCUGGCUUAGAGCUGAAAUUCACUCUCCUUUCUGACACAAUAGGAGAUUUUUGGCAGUCUCCAUUGAUGCACAUCAGAAAGCUGUCCCGUUUUGGAUCUACCCAGUAGCCCAAAUGGAUCUCUUCUAUGUAGCUAAUACCACUUCUAAGAUGAAAGAACCCAUCAUUAUUACAUAAAGUCGUUCUUUGAGGUGCCUGUCCUGUCCCCACAGCCCAGAAUUGGAGCAACAAGUGCGUGUUCAACUUGGUGAUAAUCAUGCGAUAACCUUUACUUUCAACGUCCGUCCUUUGGCACUGAAAAGUUCUGUCACAGCUGCUCUAGCAGUUCCUUUUAUUGGAAUUUCUG